GUCAUUUCCUCAUUUUCAAGCCUUGCUCCCUGUGGGGCCAGAAAUCUCUUUCAAGCUCCAGAUUGUGAAGGUUUCCUGGGUGAGCAGUGGGUCUCUCUGCUCCCGUCUCCAGGGGCUCGUGGAUGGGACCUUGCUCUGGAAGGAAACAUGGACCUCUGGCUUUGGUCACUUUGCUUCCUGCCAGUGGCUGGGGCUCUGAGGAUCCUCCCCGAAGUAAAGAUGGAGGGAAUGCUGGGUGGAUCCGUUACCAUUGAGUGUCCGCUUCCUCAAAUGCAUAUGAGGCUCUAUCUGUGCCGGGAAAUGGCCGAAUCUGGAGGAUGUGCCACCGUGGUGUCCAACAAGAACUUUGUCAGGGAAGAAUACAAGCACCGCGUCACCCUGAAGCCUUGUCCAGAUAAGAAUUUGUUCCUAGUAGAGGUGACAGAGCUGGCCAAGGGUGACAGUGGAGUCUAUGCCUGUGGGAGAGGCAUGAAGACAGACCGAGGCAAGACCCGGCUAGUCACGCUGACUGUCUACAAUGAGUAUGAGCCAUUCUGGGAAGAGGAGCCUGUGCCCGAGCCUCCACCUUGGCUUCAUCAAUUUCCACACACGCCGAUGCCCCCUUGGCUCCAGAUGCCUGUGCAUGACAGUUCUUUUGAAUUCAUACCUAAAGUUACCACACCAGCUGAAAGGACGGAGGUCCCUCCAGAAGUCCACUCCUCCCCCACCACCCCAAUCUCUCAUCACCUUCGAGUUUCCAGGGCAUCUUCAGUAGCAGCUGCCAAGCCCCCAACCUUCCUGCCAUCCACCACAGCCUCAAAGACCUCAGCUCCGGAGAGGCUGCUUAGGCCCCAGACAGCCAGCUACAACUACCACACCAGGCUUCAUAGGCAGAGAGCCUUUCACCAGGAUCCCGUGCCUGGGUUGGAAGACCAAGGAUUUCACAUCCUGGUGCCCACCACCCUGGCCCUCAUCCUGCUGGCACUGCUGGGACUGCUGAUGAAAAGGGUCAUUCAAAGGAGGAAAGCCCUCUCCAGGCGGGUCCGCCGAGCAGCCCUGAGGAUGCGCGCCCUGGAGGCAUCCCAGCGGCCUCCGCUGCAUCGGCCCCGCGCGUCGCAGCCGCCGCGCUCCCAGAACAUCUACAGCGCCUGCCCGCGGCGCGAUCCGGCGGCGGACGCGAAGGGUGACGGGGAGGUACCUCUCCCACGCCCGCCAGCGUCGGCGCCCCUUGCCGCUCCUCAGGUGUCUGAAGCUCUCUGGCUCCAUGCCCCAUCUCUGAAGACCAGCUGUGAAUAUGUGAGUCUCUACCACAAACCUGCUGCCAAAGUGGAGGACACUGAUUCAGAUGACUAUGUCAAUAUUCCCUGCCUGACUCACCUAUCCAGCUGUCCCCCUGGGCCCAGACCUUGGUCCCAAUGAGUCCUGUCUAGCUGCUGGUUUCCAAUACUUG